ACAGUGGAGUCCAGACAAGAAAAUCUGAAAAUAGCAGUUUCACAGUCCUUUUCUCCUCCAUUAAUGGAGGGAAGUUUGUAUAAACUCUCACAUCACCAAAGUUAAAAAAGCCCUCUUUACCACCUUCUACUUCUGGCGCCAUUUGCAGUCUAAACACUUUGUUCAAAACUCCUCCAACCCCCAACCACACAGAACCAAAACCUACAAUUCCUUCUCAAAGCUCAGCCUCUGUUUUCUCCAUGGAGGAAAAGGAGAGCCCUUUUUCUGGGUCACCGGGCAACUCGGGGACCGAGUCACCGCCAGCGACUCAGAUGGUGAAUAUACCCAUGGGCAUGGAUGUAAACAUGAGCUCAGAGAUCAUCAACAACAAUGGCAACAACCCUGUUUCAACAACAACAACAACAACAACAGAAAUUGCAGAAAUUGCAGCAGCAGCAGCUACUGUUGGAAGUGGUGAUUUGUCUGGGAAGAAGAAGAGAGGGAGGCCUAGGAAAUAUGAUGCAGAUGGGAACUUGAGAUUGGGGUAUAACAGUAAUAUCAACAAGGGUGGUGGUGUGGCCCCACCACCACCACCUGGGUUUUAUCUUUCUUCCCCUGCUUCUGAGUUUUCUUCUUCUUCGUCUUCCAAAAGAGGAAGGGGGAGGCCUCCUGGAUCCGGCAACUGGCAGGUUCUUGCUUCUUUAGGUGAGUUGUUUGCAAACACAGCUGGUGGGGACUUCACACCGCAUGUGGUUACUGUUAGCACUGGGGAGGAUGUUGCAGGCAAAAUUCUUUCGUUUUCUCAGAAGGGUCCUCGAGGAAUUUGUGUUCUCUCUGCCAAUGGAGCUGUCUCUAACGUCACCAUUCGCCAACCAGGUUCUUCUGGCGGCAUUCUGACAUAUGAGGGCCGCUUUGAGUUAUUGUCUUUAUCUGGAUCAUUUACAGUCACUGAGAUUGGUGGUGUAAGAAAUAGGACUGGUGGCCUGAGCGUCUCAUUGGCCGGCCCUGAUGGUCGCGUUAUAGGUGGUGGUAUUGCUGGUUUGCUAACAGCUGCAAGCCCUAUCCAAAUUGUGGUUGGGAGCUUCACGCCAAAUGGAUACAAGGCACAUAAAAGGAAGCAUUAUCGUGAGAACAAUGUAGCUUCACCAAUCUCAGGUUCUCUAGAUACAGUCACAGUAGCAACACCCAUUUCGCAAGCGCAACCCGAAAGUGAGAGCAGAUUGACCACGAUAUCCCCUUUACCAGCACAAAGUCAUGGGGAAGCAGAUAGAAUCAUGAUCCAAAUGCAGACCUCCAAUGCCAUAUCCACCAGUGCUGUAUGGAAUGGAACAGAGCUCAAGUCAGAACAUAGGCCAUCACCGGACAUUAAUGUAUCCGUUCCUGGUGUAUCAGUAACUGGGGAGUAGAAUAAGCUUGAUGAAUGCUUAACUGCAGAUGUACUUAGAGUAAGACAGGAUGCAGCAUCAGACUAAUCAUUUUUUAUUAUUGCUGUUGUAACAUUAUGAUUCGGUGACAGAAUUGGACAAUUUCAGCAUUAGAUUGUAACAAAGUAGUGACAUAUGCAGCAUCAAUUUUAGCUCGAUAUGCUAAAAUUAUCGAUUGAAUAUUUCUCAGUAAA